CAAAAACCCUCAAACAGCUGAAAACACCACUUCACUUCUCUUCUCUUUCUCUUCACUUCUUUCAUUUCAUUUUCUCUCUCCUCUGAAAACCGCCUCCCUCUUUUCUAGCGACCAGUUUUUGCUUCUUUCUUCUUCUCUCUUCUCAAACUCAUUCUGAAUUUUCCAACAGAUCUUACACUAUGAACAAGCAAGAAGUCUUGAAAACCCAGAGCUGCGUUCUUAGAGUGAACAUACACUGUGAUGGCUGCAAGAGUAAAGUCAGGAAAAUUCUCCAGAAAAUUGAUGGGGUUUAUACAACAAGUAUAGAUUCAGAACAGGGGAAGGUAACGGUAACUGGGAAUGUUGACCCGGAAGUUUUAAUUAAGAAGCUUGAGAAAAAUGGGAAGCAUGCUGAGUUGUGGGGCCCAUCUAAAGGCUCUAACCAAAACAACAACCAGUUUAUGAACCAGUUUAUGAAUGUGAACAACCAGAUGAAGAACUUCAACAUGGAUGGAGGUAAAAUUGGAAAAGAUAACAACAAGGGUCAAAAGGGUGGUAAAGACCAGCCGAAAGGCGGACAACAAGGUCAACAACCACAGCAGCAUCAGCAACAGUUGCUUCAACAACAGCAGCAGUUGCAGCAACAACAGCAACAACAACAGCAGUUGCAGAAACAUCAGCAACAACAGCUUCAGUUCAUGCAGCAAAUUCAGCAACAACAACAGAUGAAAGGGGCUAAAAUGAUGCCGCCCAAGGAGCAGCAGAAGGCCGUCAAGUUUAACUUGCCGCCGGAGGAAGAGUUUGACGACGAGUUUGAUGAUGAUGAUGAUUUUAGUGAUGAGUACGACGACGAGUUUGAUGAUGAAUUUGAUUCUGAUGAGCUGGACGAAGAUGUUUAUGGAGGUCAUCCACAAGGGAAGAGCGUGCCUGCUAUGGGUAAGGAAGGGAAAGGCGGUAAGGGUGGGAAGAAUGGCGGUGGCGGUGAUAAGAAGGGUAAGGAAGGCGGCAAGGAAGGUGGUAAGGGUGGUAAGAAGGAAGGAGGUGGAGGUGGAAUGGUUAGUAUGUUCAAGGGUAUGCUAGGGGGUAGUGGUGGGCAUGGUGAAAAGAAGAAGGGUAAUGAUGGAAAGAAAGAUGGUAAAAAUGGUGGGAAUAACAAGGGAGGAGGAGAUGGUAAAAGUGGUGGCGGUAAAAAUGGUAAAAGUGGUGGUGGUGGUAAAAAUGGAGGUGAGGUUGAGGGCAAAGUUAUAAAACAUGUUACAUUUGAGAACAAGGGUGGUAAAAAUGGCGGUGGAAAUAACAAGGGAGGAGGCAAUAAUGGAGGCGGUAAUAAUAAUAAUGGGGGUAAAAAAGGCGGUGGCGGUGGCGGCCAUGGUGGAGAUGGAAACAUGAAUAUGGGCCAAAAAGGAAAUUUCCCCAUGGGUCAAAUGGGCCCGGCUGCAGCAGGUUUACCAGCUACUCACAUGAUGAUGAAUGGUGGUGGGCCUGGUGGUGGUGGUGGUGGGUAUUAUCAAGCAAUGGGCCCUGGCCCUGGUCCAAGCCCAGUCCAAUAUAAUCCCCAGCAGCAGCAGUACAUGGCAAUGAUGAUGAACCAGCAGAGAAUGAACGGCGGUGAUGGUUACGGGAUGAUGCCACAGGCGGCACAGCCGAUGAACAUGAUGUAUGGACGGCCACAGAUGGCGCCGAUGGGGUAUGCACCUUCAAUGGUUCCUCCACCAGGCUAUCAUGACCCUUACACUUCCUAUUUUAGUGAUGAGAACACUGAUAGUUGCAGUAUUAUGUAAAUUCUUCUCUGUAAUUUUAUUUUGAGAAUAUGUUUAAUUAGGUUAGAUUGGUUAAAAAAAUCUAGUGUGUCUUCUUAGAGCCUGGUAAGUUUUAGUUUCAUGUGGGCUUUUUUAUUUUGGGGCUUUUAAUUAGUUAAAUGUAGUAAUUUAGUGGUUUAGUUCAACUUGAAGAGUUGAUAAUGAUAAGUAAUUAAGUACCAUUAUGGUGUAAGAAGAUUAGGAAAUGGAAGUUUUUGUUUAUUGGUAAUA